UAUCUAGUUGCUUAAAGUCAUGAAGCUACUGCUCAUGACUAGGGAGGUGAGAGCAUUAGCCUCCAGAAGGAAGUGCAGCUGAUAUCUUGGCAUAUGCUAAAGAAGUAUGAAGUUAAUGAACCAGAAGUGGAGUAAAAUAGCAGAGUAAUAAAAUAUGAUCUCAGUUAACUUUUGAAGCUCGUGCCUCAUAGCGAGACUUUUGCCUUAAGUAGGUCUCUUGAUUAGUGUAAGGGAGAGAAGAUGAGCUGCUUUGGCUGUUUUGGAGGAGGUGCAUCCCAUAGACCUGCAGACAAUGGAGGUGGUUACAUGCCCAGAAAUUUAGGAGGGAGAGAUGGAAUGUAUCAGAUAAUCGAAAAUGCACCACCUAGGAAACCACCAGUAAAAGUCCAGCCAAUAUCUGUCCCUGAAAUUUCUGUGGAUGAACUAAGGGAAGUUACAGAGAAUUAUGGGUCUAAUGCUCUAAUAGGUGAGGGCUCAUAUGGUAGAGUGUACUACGGGGUUCUUAAAAAUGGGCGUGCAGCAGCAAUAAAAAAGCUGGAUGCCAGCAAACAACCAGAUGAUGAGUUUUUAUCUCAGGUUUCCAUGGUGUCAAGGCUAAAUCAUGAAAAUUUUGUCGAACUGCUUGGUUAUUGUGUUGAUGGCAACCUGCGUAUUCUUGCCUAUGAGUUUGCGUCAAAUGGAUCUCUGCAUGACAUCCUUCAUGGGAGGAAGGGUGUGAAAGGAGCGCAGCCUGGGCCUGCUUUGUCUUGGGCACAACGUGUUAAAAUUGCCGUAAGUGCUGCGAGGGGGCUUGAGUUUUUGCAUGAGAAGGCGUCUCCCACCAUUUUUCAUCGUGAUAUCAAGUCUAGUAAUAUACUGCUUUUUGAUGAUGAUGUUGCUAAGAUUGGUGAUUUUGAUCUGUCAAAUCAAGCUCCUGAUAUGGCAGCACGACUUCAUUCUACUAGAGUUCUUGGAACUUUUGGCUAUCAUGCACCAGAGUAUGCAAUGACUGGGCAGCUUAAUGCCAAGAGCGACGUAUAUAGUUUUGGUGUUGUCUUGCUUGAGCUUCUCACGGGUCGUAAACCUGUUGAUCAUACCUUACCUCGUGGACAGCAAAGUCUUGUGACAUGGGCUACACCUAAACUCAGUGAAGACAAAGUGAAGCAGUGUGUUGAUCCAAGACUCAAUGCGGAGUACCCUCCCAAGGCUGUUGCAAAGAUGGCUGCAGUUGCUGCAUUGUGUGUACAGUAUGAAGCUGAUUUCCGGCCCAACAUGAGCAUUGUUGUCAAGGCUCUUCAACCCCUGUUGAAUGCUGCACGACCUGCUGCCAACAAAGAUGUUCCAAGCUCAUGAACUAUUCGAUAUUUUGUCUUUGUCAUCAUUUUUUUUUGGCUCAAUAUGUGCUUAUUGUUUUUUCUGGUAAUGCAAGGUAUACAGAGAAGAUACUUCUCUAGAAGAUGGAUAAAUUUUAAGCUUGUGCAGUGAUUUCUUUUGGUUGGUUAAGCUGUAAUUGUGGUUUGUUCAUAGUGUGAUCAUUGGUUUAUUGGUUUAUUACGAGUCUGGAAGUUGUUGCAUUAAAUCAGCUCAUACCCUUCUAUUGAAACAAAUGUUUUUUACUGUA